AUGAGUAAAGAAUAUAAAUUAUAUCUAAUUCAACUUCGACAAUCACAUUUAUCACAAUCAGUAUUCACAUCUAAAUUAUUAUUCUACAUUAAAACAUGUUCAUUUUAUUUUUAUUCAUACUUAUUUUCAAGAGUUAACAAUUUUCCUUAUAGUGCCGAUGAAAUGAUGCGUUAUCUAUAUGAAGAUUAUUUAGAAAUAAUUCAUAUUCAUAGUCAUAGUGUAGAAUCAUGGAGUAAGGAAUUACUUAGUUGUAUUACACAAUUAAUGAGUUUAGUUCAUGGAUCUUGUUGGUAUGAUCGAGAGAAAAAAGUACAGAUGAAAAUACUUUUUCCUACAGGAAAAAUAAUAUGUGAUUAUGUUAAAGAUCUAAUGCGUAUCAUGUCACAUAAGCCAUUUUACAAACAAACAAAACCUAACAGAUCAAAUGAUGAAACAAUUUUAAUGCAGUCAAUUUUUGCAUUUUUAUUUAUGGCAGUACAAACAUAUGAUAUCAAUUGGCUCUUUCGUUCAAACACAACAAUGCGAGACAUAGUUGUAUCGGUGGUCGAAGCGACACUUAAUGAUAAAGUCGCUUUAGGUGGAUAUGGUAUACUAGGUGAAAUUCUAACAGAUGACGAGUUCAAAGAUUUAAAGAUAGCUGAUAAUAUGAGUAGGUUUUUCGUCAAUAUGCUAGAAGAUGCUUGGAAUCAACCGACGAAAAAGUAUAAACACCUACCUAUCACAUCUUUAUUGAGAGGCUUGCAAACUUUAUCAAAAAAUGAUUCUAUACAAGAAAGUACAGCUCAUUUAAAUAAAAUGAAUCUUCUUAUCGAAAUGUGUGAUGAAUAUCCAAUGGUGUAUGAUAUUAUAUGGGCAUUUUCAUUUAAUCAAGAUAUUCAACAACAACUUCGUUAUAAUUUAUCAUUUAUAUCUAAAUUAAGUCAAUUAUCAAAAGAAUGUGAUAAUGAACAAAUGUCUAAAAUGAUUUAUGGAAUUUUAUGGAAUCUUGAAACAAAUCAUGAAAAUCGUCCAACAUCAAAAAUAAAAGAUGAAAAAAAAUUUGAUAUUAUGAUUAGUUAUUCACACAAAGAAAAAGACCUCUGUAAACAAAUCUAUGAAGAAUUGAGUAAAGCUGGUUAUCGUAUAUGGAUAGAUUUCGAUCAAAUGCAUGGAAAUGUUAUGGACGCAAUGGCACAAGGUAUUGAGCAAUCACAUAUAAUUAUUGUAUGUAUGAGUGAACACUAUCGAAAAAGUAAUUAUUGUCGAGCUGAAGCACAUUAUGCAUUUCAACAGCAACGUAAGAUAGUUCCUCUUAUUUUACAAAAA